GGCCGUAUCUUUGCCAUCCUCACUCAGAUUAUUAUGCCAAGACCAAGAGCCUGGGAGGAAUCCAGUCCCCAAGAUUCCUCGUCCCCUUCCCCUUCCCCUCCGCCUCCGGCCGGCCACGCCCACCAACACAAGACAAGCUCGGCAAAAGAUCCAAUUUCGCCGCCGCCGCCGCAUCCACCCCCAAUUCCUCGUCCCCGCACCCCGACCACACCCCAUACCGGCCUCCCUACUAACUAGCGAGUAGGGACGGACGGCCCGAGCAACCAACCGAACCAGCCCAAAGAUUUGAUUUUCGAUUUUCGAUUCCAUCUCUCGCCAAGAGAGACAGCGAGAGGGAUGGGGAUCCCGAGCCCGAGCGACGAGGUGGUCCAAAUCGUGCACGGGGACAGCGCCGGCGACCCCACCGUGGUCACCGUGAGCUGCCCCGACAAGACCGGCCUGGGCUGCGACCUCUGCCGCCUCGUCCUCCUCUUCGGCCUCAACGUCCUCAAGGGCGACAUGAGCACCGACGGCCGCUGGUGCUACAUCGUGCUCUGGGUCGCCGCCUCGCGCCGGGGCCGGCCCCCCGUCGCCUGGGACCUCCUCAAGGAGCGCCUCGUCGACCUCUGCCCCGUCCCCGCGCCCUUCGGAGUCGACAGCGCCUACCUCGCCGCCGCCGGCCUCCAGGAGCCCGCCGGAGAGCCCCAGGUGUUCCUGCUCAAGUUCUGCUGCUACGACCGGAUGGGCCUCCUGCACGACGUGACAUGCGUGCUGUGCGAAAUGGAGCUUACGAUUAGGAGGGUCAAGGUCUCCACCACGCCCGACGGCAGAGUCAUGGACCUUUUCUUCAUCACCGAUGCUAGGGAACUUCUACACACAAAGAGCAGGAGGGAAGAGGCCUACGAAAAGCUGCAGAGCGUCUUAGGUGACUCGGUGACGAGUUGUGAAAUAGAAUCCGCGACGGAGGACAUGUCUUCUUGCCUCCAAGCUUCAGCGUUGUUGUCGCCUCUUGUCCUGGAGCAGAUGUUCAGCGAGGUUGAUGUCAUUGAGGAGCAGUCGAGCCGCUCGAGGUCUGACAGUAGACUGUCGGUCACAAUGGACAACUCCCUCAGCCCCGCGCAUACCCUGAUUCAGAUCCAGUGCGGCGACCACAAGGGCCUCCUGUACGACAUCAUGAGAACAGUCAAGGACUGCAACAUCCAGAUUUCGUAUGGUCGGUUCUACGCGGGCCAGAAGGGCCGGUGCGAGGUGGACCUUUUCGCGGUGCAGUCGGACGGGAAAAAGAUACUUGACCAGCAGAAACAGAGGACGAUGUGCUCUCGGCUGAGGACGGAGCUGCUGCGGCCGCUCCGCGUGGCGCUGGUGAACCGGGGCCCCGACGCGGAGCUGCUGGUGGCGAACCCGGUGGAGGUGUCCGGGAAGGGCAGACCGCUGGUGUUCUACGACAUCACGCUCGCGCUCAAGAACCUCCAUAGACGAGUCUUCUUGGCCGAGAUUGGAAGGCAUGUGGUGGAUGAUAGAGAGUGGGAGGUGUACAGGGUGCACCUGGGGGAGGACGACCACGAGCUCUCGUGCUCGGUGCGGAGCAAGAUCGUCGACGGCGUCACCAACAUGCUCAUGGGCUGGGACUGACUGACCGACUGGUCUCACCAUGCCUCUUCCUUGACAUUCAGUCUUGUUGCAAAAGACAGAGACCGGCUUCAUUUGUUUGUUUUGUGUAAGUAGGUGCCAUCGACUCGUUGUACAUAGGGAGGGAUGUUGAUGGCUGCUGCUGCUGAUGUAAAUUAAGUGGUUUCAGGUUGCUGUUCACUGGAUAGUUAGGUCACUCUGCAUCAGUCUGAAAUACUACGAAGAAGUCAUACUUGCCUUGUGUUGUUGCUAGGCAAUGAAAUGAUGAUACAUUGAUAGACCAGUGUUGUUGGGUCUGAGGUAUGUAGUGUAUCUUUGCCCAGCUCAGCUGGUGCACUAGUAUUAGCUAGUGAUUAGCACAGUAGGGCAAGUUAAGCAAGUGGUUCCGACAAUACUAUUAAUAGUUGGCAAUGCUUGCUGAUUUUCUUAUUUUAUUUUAUUUUAUGAAAGGGGUCA